GUGCGCAUGCGUACACAUGAAAGAUUCCAGGAGCUAAAAAGACAGCAGGUCAAGUUAGGCGAAGGAAAGAUGGCGGAGGCUUCGCCAAGGGACCCGGAAGCACUUACCCUCUACUUCCUCCUCCUGUUUGGCUUCUGUCUCACCUAGAGCCGUCCGGUCGCAGACCGCCUCCGAGACGUUUCCUGUCCGUAACAGAAUCACCAUGAUUCUUCAGAGGCUCUUCAGGUUCUCCUCUCUCACUCGGUCUGCAGUCUCAGUUCAUUUGAGGAGGAACAUCGGUGUUACAGCAGUGGCAUUUAAUAAGGAACUUGAUCCUGUACAGAAACUCUUCGUGGACAAGAUUAGAGAAUACAGAACUAAGCGACAGGCCUCUGGAGGACCCGUUGAUACUGGCCCAGAGUACCAGCAAGACCUAGAGAGGGAGCUUUUUAAGCUUAAGCAAAUGUAUGGUAAAGCAGACAUGAAUACGUUCCCGGACUUCAAAUUUGAAGAUCCUAAAUUUGAAGUCAUCGAAAAACCCCAGUCCUGAAGAAAGAAUGUAAAAUUUAUUUGGUAAUUUGUCCUAGACUAGUUGUAUAACUGUAUCAGAAUAAACAUACAUUUCUCAGCUGUCAAGUGUUCUUUUAAUUCUGAUUCCAAAUAAAUUAUUUGGUGAUGUUGGGUGUGCA